GCCGUUUCUGGCGCUAACUGUUCCGGGCGGUGUCACAGUGCAGCCAUGUCUGGCGCGAGGAGACCAGCCCAGCUCGUUCGGCGGCGCCCUCUGUGAGGAGGCGGAGGAGAGGCAGCAGCGGGCAUCCAUGUCGGCGGCCAGGGAUUAGCGAGGGAGACACCGAGCCCGGGAGGGGGGAGGGUAACUGACCCCCUCUCCUCUGGGGCUCCGGCGGGGGAGACGCGGAGCCGGCCGGCGGUGGGGACAUGGCUGACCAGCAUGCCCCCAACAGCCACCUGCGGCUAGAGUGGGUCUAUGGCUACCGGGGUCACCAGUGCCGCAACAACCUCUACUACACGGCGGCUAAGGAGAUCGUCUACUUCGUGGCGGGGGUCGGCGUGGUCUACAGCCCCCGGGAGCACCGGCAGAAAUUCUACCUGGGGCACCAGGACGACAUAAUCAGCCUUGCUUUGCAUCCUGAACGAGUGUUGGUGGCAACAGGUCAAGUUGGAAAAGAACCAUAUAUCUGUGUUUGGGACUCAUACACUGUGCAGACUAUAUCAAUACUGAAAGAUGUUCACACACAUGGUAUAGCUUGCUUGGCAUUUGACUUAGAUGGGCAGCGUUUGGUCUCAGUGGGUCUUGAUUCAAAAAAUACAAUAUGCGUGUGGGAUUGGAGAAAAGGAAAAAUGUUAUCGAUGGCUCCUGGUCAUACAGACAGGAUAUUUGAUAUUUCUUGGGAUUUGUACCAACCAAACAAACUAGUCAGCUGUGGUGUAAAACAUAUUAAGUUCUGGAGCUUGUGUGGCAAUUCGUUGACACCAAAGCGUGGUGUUUUUGGCAAGACUGGUGAUCUCCAAACUAUACUUUGCCUAGCCUGUGCAAGAGAUGAAGUGACACAUUCUGGUGCACUUAAUGGAGAUAUAUAUGUAUGGAAAGGAAUUAAUCUCAUACGGACAAUACAAGGAGCACAUGCUGCAGGAAUUUUCAGCAUGAAUGCAUGUGAGGAGGGUUUUGCCACUGGUGGCAGGGAUGGCUGUGUUCGUCUAUGGGAUUUAAAUUUUAAACCAAUUACUGUGAUUGAUCUCAGGGAGACAGACCAGGGAUAUAAAGGUCUGUCUGUAAGAAGUGUUUGCUGGCGAGGAGACCAUAUUCUAGUUGGGACACAAGACAGUGAAAUUUUUGAGAUUGUUGUCCAUGAACGCAAUAAGCCUUUCCUGAUCAUGCAGGGGCACUGUGAAGGAGAGCUAUGGGCUCUGGCAGUCCAUCCUACAAAACCAUUGGCCAUGACUGGAAGUGAUGACCGAUCAGUCAGAAUUUGGAGCCUAAUAGACCAUGCAUUGAUUGCACGGUGCAAUAUGGAAGAACCAAUUCGCUGUGCAGCUGUUAGUACUGAUGGAAUCCAUCUUGCACUUGGAAUGAAGGAUGGCUCUUUCACUGUACUUCGAGUCAGGGAUAUGACAGAGGUUGUUCAUAUUAAAGACAGGAAAGAAGCCAUUCAUGAAUUAAAAUAUUCACCAGAUGGGACUUUCCUUGCGGUUGGCUCCAAUGACAGCUCUGUUGAUAUUUAUGGUGUUGUUCAGCGGUACAAAAAAGUUGGGGAAUGUGUUGGAUCUGUAAGUUUCAUCACUCAUAUGGACUGGUCUUCAGACAGUAAAUAUUUACAGACCAAUGAUGGCAGUGGAAAAAGACUUUUUUACAAGAUGCCAAGUGGAAAAGAAGUAACAAAUAAAGAAGAAUUAAAAGGCGUCCAAUGGGCUUCAUGGACAUGUGUUUAUGGCCUUGAAGUUAAUGGAAUCUGGCCCAAAUAUUCAGAUAUCAAUGAUAUCAAUUCUGUAGAUGGAAAUUUUAAUGGUCAAGUUUUGGUUACAGCUGAUGACUAUGGAAUAGUCAAACUAUUCCGGUAUCCUUGUUUAAGAAAAGGAGCGAAGUUUAAAAAAUAUCUUGGGCAUUCAGCUCAUGUGACAAAUGUCAGAUGGUCACAUGAUCAUCAGUGGGUUGUUUCUAUUGGUGGAGCUGAUCAUUCUGUCUUCCAGUGGAAAUUCAUUCCUGAACGGAAGCUGAAGGAUGCUAUUCACAUAGCACCCCAAGAAAGUCUGGUUGAUUCUAACAGUGAUGAAUCAGAUUCAGAUCAAUCUGAUGUUCCAGAGCUAGACUCUGAAAUUGAACAAGAGACUCAGAUCACAUACCGUCGACAGGUUUACAAAGAAGAUCUACCUCAGCUUAAAGAGCAAUGCAAAGAAAAACGAAAAAGUGCAGCUUCUAAAAGAAGAGAGAGAGCUCCAGGGAAAAGUAUAAGAUUACACUUUGUCCAUGGUUACAGAGGUUAUGAUUGUCGGAGUAAUCUAUUUUACACUCAGACUGGUGAAAUUGUAUACCAUGUUGCAGCAGUGGGCGUAGUAUACAAUCGGCAGCAGAACACGCAGCGCUUUUAUCUGGGUCAUGAUGAUGACAUUCUUUGCCUUGCUAUUCAUCCCUUAAAGGACUACGUGGCAACAGGCCAGGUUGGUCGGGAUUCCUCAAUACACAUUUGGGAUACAGAGACAAUCAAACCACUGUCAGUAUUAAAGGGCUAUCACCAGUAUGGCGUUUGUGCUGUUGAUUUUUCAGCGGAUGGCAAACGCUUGGCUUCUGUUGGCAUAGAUGACAAUCAUACUAUUGUGCUCUGGGACUGGAAAAAAGGAGAGAAGCUUUCAGCAGUAAGAGGAAGCAAAGAUAAGAUUUUUGUUGUUAAAAUUAAUCCUUAUAUGCCUGAUAAACUGAUAACAGCUGGAAUUAAACACAUGAAAUUCUGGCGUAGAGCAGGGGGAGGACUGAUUGGGAGAAAGGGCUGCAUAGGGGCAAUGGGAAGAACUGAUACAAUGAUGUGUGCAGUAUACGGCUGGACUGAAGAGAUGGCAUUCUCUGGAACUUCCACUGGGGAUGUGUGUAUCUGGAGAGAUUUGUUUCUCAUAAAAACUGUCAAAGCACAUGAUGGUCCAGUAUUUAGCAUGCAUGCAUUAGAAAAAGGAUUUGUAACUGGUGGAAAGGAUGGGGUAGUGGCUCUCUGGGAUGACACCUUUGAACGCUGUCUCAAAACCUAUGCCAUCAAACGAGCUGCUUUGGCCCCUGGCUCUAAAGGUCUCCUCUUAGAAGACAACCCUUCUAUACGUGCCAUAUCGUUAGGACAUGGUCAUAUUUUAGUGGGCACAAAGAAUGGGGAAAUACUGGAGGUGGAUAAGAGUGGACCAAUAACUCUGCUGGUUCAGGGUCACAUGGAAGGGGAAGUUUGGGGUCUAGCCACCCAUCCUCAUUUACCUAUUUGUGCCACUGUAAGUGAUGACAAAACCUUAAGAAUAUGGGAUCUAUCUCCUAGCCAUUGUAUGUUAGCUGUUCGCAAAUUGAAAAAGGGGGGCAGAUGUUGCUGCUUUUCUCCUGAUGGAAAGGCAUUGGGUGUAGGUCUGAAUGAUGGAAGUUUCUUGAUGGUGAAUGCAGACACUCUGGAGGAUCUAGUCUCCUUCCACCACAGGAAGGAUGUUAUUUCAGAGAUUAGAUUUUCUCCUGGUGCUGGAAAAUACUUAGCAGUGGCAUCAUGUGACAGCUUUGUAGACAUCUACAAUGUAAUGAGCAGUAAGCGAGUAGGAAUCUGCAAGGGCGCCUCCAGUUACAUAACACACAUGGACUGGGACAUCAGAGGGAAGCUUUUACAAGUCAACACUGGUGCUAAAGAGCAGCUGUUCUUUGAAGCUCCUCGUGGGAAAAGACAGACAAUUCCCAGUUUGGAGGUUGAAAAGAUUGGCUGGGCAUCGUGGACAAGUGUUCUGGGCUCUUGCUGUGAAGGAAUCUGGCCAAUAAUUGGGGAAGUCACCGAUGUAACUGCUUCAUGCCUCACCAGUGAUAGUAAAGUCUUGGCCACAGGAGAUGAUUUUGGGUUUGUGAAACUUUUCCGAUUCCCUGCUAAAGGAAAGUUUGGAAAAUUUAAGAGGUAUGUGGCCCAUAGUACGCAUGUAACAAAUGUUCGUUGGACUCAUGAGGACAGUUUGUUGGUCACUGUCGGUGGGGCAGACACCUCUCUAAUGCUGUGGACCUAUGAGAUGGAGGGACAUCGAGAGAGCAGGCAGUGUGAUAGUGAAGAAUCUGAUCUAGAUUCUGAGGAAGAUGGAGGUUAUGACAGUGAUGUGACACGAGAAAAUGAAAUUAAUUACACCAUCAAAGCCUUAUCAACAAACAUCAGACCAAUGUUUGGAAUUAAGCCUCAUCUGCAACAAAAGGAGCCAUCACUAGAUGAAAGGCAAGGGGUAGUAAGAGGUUCCAGACCACCAGUUAGUAGGGCACUGCCACAGCCUGAAAAACUUCAGACAAAUAACGUUGGCAAAAAAAAGAGACCAAUAGAGGUCCAAUGUCACCCCACCCCACAAAUGUGUCUGAGCCACAGCUUUCUCCAGAGUCUAUCAGUUACAGAAACAGCACAUUCAGCCUAUGUGGUAUGGAGUCCCUCUUGGGAUCUAGUAUUGGAGCUGGUAUUUGGGUACCGAGGCAAGGACUGCAGGAACAAUGUUCACUAUCUGAAUGAUGGUGCUGAUAUAAUUUAUCAUACUGCAUCUGUUGGGAUUCUAUAUAACGUGGCAACAGGCUCUCAGUCUUUUUACCAGGAACAUAAUGAUGAUAUUCUGUGCCUCACUGUAAAUCAGCACCCCAAGUUUACCAACCUUGUGGCAACUGGCCAAGUAGGAGACUCAGCAGAUAUGUCAGCUACAGCUCCUUCUAUCCACGUGUGGGAUGCAAUGAACAAACAGACACUAUCUGUACUGCGAUGCUACCAUUCAAAGGGAGUUUGUUCAGUCAGUUUCAGUGCCACUGGCAAACUUCUCCUCUCUGUAGGGCUGGAUCCUGAACACACCAUUACCAUUUGGAAGUGGCAAGAAGGUGCCAAAAUUGCCAGCAGAACUGGUCAUAACCAACGUAUAUUUGUAGCAGAAUUCAGACCGGAUUCAGAUACCCAGUUUGUUUCAGUGGGAGUAAAACAUGUGAGGUUCUGGACCCUGGCUGGAAGAGCUCUUCUCAGUAAAAAAGGGUUACUGAGUUCAAUAGAAGAUGCACGGAUGCAGACCAUGCUAUCUGUAGCUUUUGGAGCUAAUAACUUGACAUUUACAGGUACCAUCAGUGGAGAUGUUUGUGUUUGGAAAGAUCAUGUAUUGGUACGAAUUGUGGCCAAAGCUCACAAUGGGCCUGUGUUCACAAUGUACACUACACUAAGAGAUGGUCUAAUCGUAACAGGAGGCAAAGAAAGACCAUCAAAGGAAGGAGGGGCUGUUAAACUAUGGGAUCAGGAGCUGAAGCGAUGUCGUGCCUUCAGAUUGGAAACAGGACAGAUGACUGACUGUGUUCGUUCUGUGUGUAGAGGCAAAGGGAAAAUUCUUGUUGGGACAAGGAAUGCUGAAAUAAUUGAAGUUGGAGAGAAAAAUGCAGCAUGUAACAUUCUAAUUAAUGGUCAUAUGGAUGGACCUAUCUGGGGACUGGCUACACAUCCUUCAAGAGAUUUUUUCCUUUCUGCUGCAGAAGAUGGGACAGUGAGACUCUGGGACAUUGCUGAAAAGAAGAUGCUGAACAAAGUCAGUUUGGGACAUGCAGCUCGGACUGUUUCUUACAGCCCCGAGGGGGACAUGGUGGCUAUUGGCAUGAAAAAUGGAGAAUUUAUUAUCUUGCUGGUGACCUCUCUAAAAAUAUGGGGGAAAAAAAGGGACAGAAGAUCUGCUAUCCAAGACAUAAGGUUCAGUCCAGAUUCUCGUUACUUAGCAGUGGGUACUAGUGAGAAUGCAGUGGAUUUUUAUGACUUGACAUUGGGCCCCACGCUAAAUCGAGUUAGCUACUGCAAAGAUAUCCCAAGCUUUGUUAUCCAGAUGGACUUCUCUGCAGAUAGCCGUUUUCUCCAGGUCUCUACUGGGUCUUACAAAAGACAGGUCUAUGAAGUGCCUUCGGGAAAACAGCUUAUGGACCAGGCAGUGAUUGACAGAAUAACAUGGGCCACUUGGACCAGUAUUCUAGGGGAUGAAGUAGUUGGAAUCUGGUCCAGGCAUGCUGAGAAAGCUGAUGUGAACUGUGCCUGUGUCUCUCACUCUGGAAUCAGCCUUGUAACAGGCGAUGACUUUGGCAUGGUCAAGCUGUUUGACUUUCCAUGUCCUGAAAAAUUUGCAAAACACAAGCGAUUUUUAGGUCACUCGGCCCAUUUGACUAAUAUUCGAUUUACAAGUGGGGAUAAAUACGUUGUCAGCGCUGGAGGGGAUGACUGCAGCUUAUUUAUCUGGAAAUGUGUGCAUAUGCUUCAUUAAGAGAGACAUGGAGCCUUUGCAAAGAGGACACUGCGGAAAAUUACAGGCAUGAAAGACCCAUGAGCGCAAUGAGACAUUCUACAGUGCCCUGCAUGCUUACGAAAUGGUGCUGAUCUAAGACAGACAACAAUCUGUCUCUGAAAGACAAGUGUCUAGAGUCUAUCAGAAGAAUAGACUAUAACAAAUAUGCUGCGCCCCCUAGAUUUGCUACAGUAUUGGAUAAUCCAUGUAUGGAUUCCAUUCACUGCCAGACGUUGAAAAAGAAACACAUGGAUAAAAGGAAGAAGUGAGUUGUGGAUCAAUGUACAGUUUCCCAAUAAGAUAGUGGGGUUUUAAUCAAGAGAUGUUAUUUCUGACCUAAUGCUGUAUGUUGAUGCAUUUAUUAUCAGCACGAAUGUGUUUCCUUUAAAUUCUGAGGAUUGAAUAUCAUUGAAACAAUUACUCCUUCUUUUUAUUACUGAAAGGAAAACCAUCUAGCAGUUCUUAAAUAAAACUACACAGUAUUUUAAUAAAAGAUUAAAGUAAUAAAAUGGGAUAUGACAUUUCUAUGAAUAGUCAAAAAAUGAAGCAUUGUCUGGUGAAGCAGUAAUAGUAAAGUUUGCUCCUUAGACCUGCAGUAUUCAUGUGCUUAGAGGCCUGGGUCAUAAUCCUGUUUGAUGAAUGCUGUUAGGCAUGCAUGAACCCAUUCUUUAAGGCUAAUUUAGUGUUUUUGUUGCACUUAAACAUUAAAUUAGUUCCAUGAGCAGAAACAGAUUUGCUCACUUUGCGAGUGCCUUGCCCACAACCUAAAAGUCUAACUCCAGUUUUUGCCUUGCGAUAAAAGUGUUCUCAGUGGAAGGGAGAUUACUGUUGUGUAACUUGACUGAGCUGCUAGCCUCUUUGCUGGAAAUAUGAAAUAAGAUAAUUUUAGUCUCUGUAAAGACUGGGGUCAUCACCAGUUGCAAAAACAGAAUUUCACAGCAAUAGGAAUUGUUGAUUUUAUUUUCUCAGUAUCACUUGGAGGAUGCAGAGAGAACAUAAUCUUUCCAAACACUGGUAUUUUGUACAUUCAGAUUUUUUAACAGGAAUAAAACUAGUUGGAAGAGAUCUUUAUUCAGCUCUCUCUCCUGAUUGUAAUGUAACAUUCAGUCAUAACUCUUCUUUAAGUAAGCAUGCAUGUUAAGCAUAUGGGCCUGCUUGUAACGCUUAGCAUAAGAACAUAUUCUAAAUGGCAAAAUAACAGACUUAAGCAUUUUAGUGAUGAUAAACUCCAGGAGAAAGUUGCAUUUUUGGUAAAACUGGGGAAGACUGCUUCAAUUGUUUAUUUGAAAUGAUCAUGCAGUGGAGGUGUGCUGUGGGCUAUAUCUGUUUUUUAAGUAGUGCAGUUAUUUUUCAUGCAACAUGAAAGGGAACAAAAGUAACUAGCUCACAGAUUGCAUUAACAAAGUGUUAUUAAAUGUGAGUAGUGUUACUAUGGUCACAGUUGUUAUUGUCUACUUACGUCAGCGUUUGUUAAGGAUGGCAUUUGACUCCAGGUUGAGAUAGCAUAGCUGCUGUUAUUCACCUCUUUUAUCAUUUUACUCCAAGUAAAUGUAAAAAUGAAACAAAUAAACCUCAACACCCACUGUAAAUAUCUUGUGUGUGGUGGGAAGAAAGGGAGAGAUUGCACAGAGAAGAUCUGAAAGUACGAAGAGACUCAGCCAGACCUCUGUACUCUUCCAUGUCCAACAAUGCUUGCUCUUAUGUAAUAUAGGCCCUACCAAUUUCACAGCCCUGAAAAACAUGUCACUGACUGUGAAAUCAGCCCUCUCCCAGAAAUCUGAUCUCCCCUGCUGCGGGGAGCCCAGAGCUCCCAGUUGCUAUUCGGACCGUGCUGGGGAGGGACAGGAGUUUUCCUUCCCCUGCACUGCCGCUCUUGGUGGGGAGAUCAGACGCACCUUCAGAGGCAGUGCAGAAAUGAGGGUGGUACAUCCUCACUUCUGCGCUGCAGCAGCCCAGGAGCUAGGCUCUGGGCUUCCAUUCCUCCACCCCCCCUCCACUCCCCAGGGCUUCUGCCACAGCACCAGGCAGUGAGCUCAGGGCUUCCUUCCACAGCGGAGCUUGCUGGGCUGGGGGCUUUUGCUCCCGGUGGCUACAGCUGGGGCAGUCUGGGCUCUGGGUUUCUGCCCCUCCACUCCCCACCGCCCUGGCUCCUGCCACGGCUCUGGGAGCCUGGGGGCUUCCACUCCACAGCUGCAGCCAGGACUCAGGGCAGCCCGGGCCAGGAGCUUCCUCUGCUGCUCCAGUCAGGGCAGCGCAGGCUUGGGGGUUUCACCACCUUCAGCCGGGGCAGCCUGGGCACCUGCCCCCAUGGGCUCUACCAUGGCUCCAGGUGCUGAGCUCGGGGUUUCCUCCCCCAGCAGCUGGGGGCUUGUGCUCCUGCCAGCUGCAGCCGGGGCAGCCUGGACUCAGGGCUUCUGCCGCAUUGCCACCCCAGCUGGGGCUCCGAGCAGUCCUGACUUGGGCCUGCCCAGGCUCGAGGCUUCAGCCCCGCAGCUGCAGCCGGGGCUCAGGGCACGCAGGCUCAGGGCUUCUCCCCCCACAGAUUCUACUGGGGCUCGGGGUGACCCACUAGGGACUUCUGCCCUGGGGCUUCUUCUGGGACUGGAGCACCCAUUUUUCCUGGGGGACCUCAAAUUGGCCAGGGGGCUCUGCCUUCAUCUGUUCCUGGCAUGAACUAACAGCUAGGAGCCCCCCAGCUGGUGUGUUCCCAGAAGCAUUGGGGGGGGGGAGAUUCCUACUUUGCAGCCCUCCCCCCCGCCCAUGAUUCCAUUUUGGGCGUGAACCCUCACAGUUACAACAUCCUGAAAUUUCAGAUGUAAACAUCUGAAAUCGUUAAAUUGACCAAUUUUAAAACCCUCUGGCUGUGAAAUUGUCCAGCAUGGACCGUGAAUUUGGUAGGGCCCUAGUAGUAUUCAACACUAUUGACCCAACAAAUAAUCUCAUACAAUAUGUUUCCUAUAUCUAACUAGAGCGUCUUUCACAAUAGAAAAAUGUAUUGAUCUAAUAUCAAGUGUCUCAGGCAGGCAGGAUUUGGAACAGAUGAUUCGUUGCCAUUACCACUAGAGUACAAUAGCUUCACUAACCACACAGCUGCUGUUCUAAAGUAGAAGGUGCUAGGACUAGGGUCUGUGCUAGGGUACACCACUGACUCAGGUGAAUUGCACCUGACGACACAGAUAUGAGAUCAGAAUCAUGCUGCAGCUUUAUUCUUACUGCCCAUUAUUAUUAUAUAAAAAUUAAUAGUUAGCAUACAUCUAUGCUAGAGAAAUCAAUUGUUAGUGUAGUAAUUUGUUGUUCUGCACCCUGUGUUCCACCACUGAUUCAGUGCAGCUAUACUACACAUCUGAACAUGGUGUAAGAUUUGCCCUUGCAUCCAUGCUAAGGCUGCCUUACACCAGUUCAGAUGGGAUGACUGUCAAAAGCUCCUUUAGCUAAUGAACCUCUUUAAAUUUCCAGCUGAAAGUCAUCUUUCUGCAUCUCAUCAUCUACCAUAAAUCCUAUGCCUACUAUCCCCCAGUAAAUCUUCAGCCUGUGACUUGCACCCACCCCAUACUUUCCCAGAGUAUCCUCUUGUCACACUAACCAUUCCCUGACCACUAUCUUCAGUAGAGCCCAUGCUAUGGCUGUGCCACUCCAUUGCUAAUUUGCCAGCUGAUACUUUUGCACUGAGGAACCACAGAAGUACAUCAGAGCACAAAUACCAGCACACAAUGCAACACAAAUCACCACUGGGGCUGUAGCAGGAGGUGCACAGCUGCUAUCUACACUCCUUCUACCCCCAAACUCCCGAGGCAUCUGUUCCCCCAUCUCUGCCCCCAUUUGGAUCUGGGCAGAAUAGUGUCUUAGCUGCAGAUCUAUGGGGGCAGAGUGCACGUUCCACAAGCAAACUAAGGAGGUUCAUUGCUGAAGAGUUUUUCAUUUUUGACAGCAGUGGGAACUGACAGCUCACCAGUCGUGCUAGUGGGAUGCGUUUACACUGGCACACAAGUCAAUUGUGCCUCAAUUAGUGUUUACACUCACUAGCGUUAGUGGUGUAAUUUCAAUCAGUUAGGUGCCAUGCUGCUAAGUGAAACUCUUCUGCAGUGAAUACAAGGGCCAACAACCUAUGGGACGUUAUAAUUGACCACUGGUACAGAAAAAUGCCUAGUGUGCUAUGGCUUUCUAAAACCUGGAAGGAAGGAAGAAUGUGAAGGGCUGAGUGGUAGAGUUGUUCUGGAAGUAUGCAGGAUAAGUAUGGUGGUCUGGAGGCUAUAACAGGGUUGGGAAAGGAGCCGUUCCCUUAGCUAUCCAGCAUUAAAAGGGGGGCACUGAGCCAACUUUUUUUUUUUUUUUUUGUAUUCUGCCACUCAAUCAUGCAGGUUCACUUUCUAGUUUGCAAUGAAUCCAGCUCUAGGAUACCUUUAAGGUCCGCAAGGUAAAAAACUAGUAAACCCAUUAUACAAGUGAAAGAAUAACACAUUCUAGUCUAGAUACCCAUGAAUCCAUCUGUUAUUGAAAAGUAUUUAAAUAACAAAGAAUUGACAUCCUAUGCACAGAUUGGAAUUCUAAAACGAUCAUCUCAGACUUAAACAUGAUCCUAUUGUAGUCAAAAGAGCCAAGAUGUGGAAAAGGUUAGGAUAAAGGGGAGAACUAAUGAGCCAAAUGUAUUGAAUCAUUUUAACCUUAACUGUCUCAAUUUUUCUUUCUUAAACACAUGAUCACUGGACACCAUUAUUUGGAUCCAGGAAGGGGUUGGAGGAAGAACAACUUAGUUUAGCACUCUUUUUCAGUAACUGAACGUAUGCACGAAUAAAGUCAGUAUUUAGCUAGAACAAAAAUCUUAACAGUGAACAUAAUCAGAAGUUGUUAGUUACCCUAAUUACAGAAAUCUGGUUAAUGUUAGCUGAUACCUGCACCACCUGAAAAACAGUACACGGCACCCAAAUAAUUAUUUACAUGCUGUAAGUGGAUAGCAAGCCCUAACCGUAUGGAAGGAUGAGCUAUUUGGUUUUAAUAUAUACUCUUCUUAUAGCGGCAAAGUGACAUGUUUUCCUGUUUGAUUUAUCAGCAUAGUAGAUGCGGCAAGCCUUAAUUUUUGUCAAAAGCAAGUGGUUUUUUGGUUAGUGUAUACAAUAGACAAAUGUCUUGUUGCUAGCUUUGUUUUGGCUAGUGAGUGAAUCAUUCUGUGGCCUUCUUCCUGAAUGUACCAUGCCUAAACGAAGGGAAGAAAAAAAUAUUGCAGGUCACAAUUUAAACUGCCAUAUUAGUCAUAGUAACCAAUUUGAUUGAGCAGCCCUAGCUGUGUUUCAUGUAUAUGCUCUUUCAUACCUGCAGACUUUCCUGCCUCUUGUCAUCUGUUCUUUUUUUCCCUAAUGUUUAUGGUACCGUUCAUUUUUACUUAACUGGAUAAAUAUGUGAGCAUGCCAAAACUUACUAUGCACUCUUUGUACCAAUCACUGUGGUAUUGUCAGACCAAAUCCUUUUCUUGAUUUUGGUCCUCUUCAGCUUCUAGUCUUAAACCAAACUGGUCUUGAAUGGCUGAUUAUUUAGGAGAAAGAAAACUGGGUGCAUAAUAUGGAGCGUGGCUGCAACAGAUCUGCUUACCAAAUCAUUGACAAAUAACUGAAUACGAUCUCAGCAGUUAUUGAGGGUUUUUUUUUUUUUAUCACAUCUACUUGAGUUAUCUAUAGUAAAGCCUCUAAUCAGGAUUGAGCUCCCAUUGUUAUUAUCAAUGUAAAAAGAACUAGGAAGACAGAGUCCAUCCCCCAACUAUAAAAACAAGGAAGACUGGGGGGGGGGGGCAGGUGUGCGUGCAGAAAUGGCAUACAGUAUAUGAACAUGGUAAUGACAAGCAAAAGUUAAUUCCACUUCUUUAAUUAUGGAGGAUGUGCUGAAGGAAACAGCAGGAGGGAAAAAGUAAAUAAGAACAAUGGGGUGGGGAGAAAAUUAAAUAGUAAGGAAGGAAAGGUGAAAAGUGAGGUUGCCAAUGGAGUGACAAGCAGAAAGGGGGAGGCAAACCACCAACCAGCAGAUGAAAAGUGUCUAGAUUUCAAAUUGAAAGAACUGGCAGCUGGUGUCGUUGGCAGUGAAGAGCUGGGGAAGUGGCAGCUGCUAGGAAAGAACCCCUCUGCUAGUUUGAGUGGAAGGUUCCUGGACAUUGCCCCGCCCCUUUGUUCCUGGGGAAGUCACAGCUGCUCCCAAGGGGUAACUUGAGGCUUUGAAGAGCCUACUUUACUACCCUCCAGCCUAUGUGACUAAAAGGAAUAAACAAAUACAUUAUGUUUUGCCCACACCCCAAAACUGGGGUUAUUUUAACUGGCCUAACCUGAUAGUGUUCAGGUUUCAUAUUGCUGAAUAACAGGGGUAUUCAAACUUUUCUUUAGUAGAAAAUAAACCAAAGAAUUAUGAAAUUCCAUGAGAUGUUACAUUGUGAAAAUGAUGCCCAUGAGCUGCCUGCACAAAUUACAGUUGCUUAGGAGGGAGAUGCACAAAUCUCGCUAAUGAGCCUGUACUCAUUAGCUCUUCUUUAAAUUACUGGCAAAUUAUAUUGAGAUGGGAUUUACAAUUGAGUACAAAUAAAUAAACUCAGGAGAGAGUUUAAGGCAUAAGUUAAAAUAAAUACACAACUGUGUGAAGGUAUGGAAAUUGAGUCACCCAAACAACCUCAACUCUGCCCUAUAGUGACACUAUGCAAUAACCAUACACUUACGAUGAAUGCAUAAAUGUUUGUCGUCCUAAAUUUGAUUAAACUGAUUUUAAAGUCUCUUUACCCUCCCUCCCCCCCACCCAAAUGGUGGUACUAGAGGACAGAGUUAACAUUUUGUUUGUCUUAUCCAUACCUUAACACAUUUGGAUUUCUCUUGUACUUAACCUACAUCUGAAUUUCCUAGGUUUGUAAUGUUUGUUUUGGGAAUUGUUACAAGAUUCCAGUAAUGGUUUUAUCUCUAAAAUUACGGAUAUAUACUGUUAAUCUUAUUUUUAAUAUAGAUUAUUUCCUGGAAGUUUUUUAUUAUUUAAAAUGUCAUAGAAGAGCACUAAACAAGAAACCCAAAGAGAAUGUUGCCAUUUAAUAUUUUUAAUGAUUUGAAGAUGGGUGGUAUCUACCUUAAAUCUUCUAGGACCAGAUUCACCAGAUAUUCUUGCUGUUAAUCCCACACGGGAGCAGUGCAAAGCAACUGGAGUGUACUAGUCAAUUUCUCCUAACACAUAAGCUGCACUUUCCCCAGAAUCCAGCCAUACAGAAAUUUCCCCUAUUCCUUCCCCCCCCCCCCCCCCCCCCAACUUCCCAUGCACACCUCUCCGGAGUUUCCCAUACCUGUUGAGUCAAUCUGGUGUAACAGGUAGUUCUUAAAAGAAGUUUUAGGGUUAAGUGUUCAUUUUCUGCCAUUUUUCUUAAUUAAAAAUUUCUCCUUCAGCAGGGGCUAAUAAGAAUUGCCUGCUUUCAAAAUGGCAGCCAUCUAGUCUCACUGAGUCUGAGACUGUAGCCAAGAUGCCCUCUUUUAAAAUGGCCACUGCCUCCCAUUGGUGGCCAUUUUGAAAGAGGGCAUAUUUGCUAUCUAAGGGCACUUUAAGUCUCAGUCCCAUGAGGACAAAAGAAGCUAAGGCAGCUGUUUUGAAAGAACUAAUUAACCAAUCUAUGUAUAAAUUCUCAAAACAAUCAUUCUGUGCCCAAAGGGGAAAAUGCUGUAAUUUUGGGAGGAUACACUGUAUCUUCCUAUGUAAUAAAAUGGCUGCAUUCCUACUUUCUGUACAAGACUUAAAACACAAAACUUAAUGCUCAGCCAUAACUAUGGAAUAGUGACUGGCACUUCUACAGUUCCACAAUUGUUUCAAACAUGUAUUAUAUCCAGGACAUGCUUGAUUAUUGAAUUAUUUGGAAAUGUAGUAAAUGCAUUUUUAUAAAGAAACUCCAAGUGUCAGCACUGACACAAACUGCAUGAUAAAGCUGGCUUACUACUCAUUUGUGAAAUUCUUGGUGCUGUCAGAUAAUGCUUUCCAUAUUUCUAGCCUAUUUUUCCUUUACUGCUACUACUUGUCAUAGUGUUGUGUUUUUUGGGCUUGGAAUAGCUACUAUAAUUUUAACAAGAACAAACAGUUGGUACUUGUGAGCACUGUUUAACUGUUUUUAGUUCAUUUCUGAGUUUAUAGCAUAUACUAAAUAAUGGAAAAGCUGCAUUAUUAAUGCGUGAAGAAAGGUAAAAUGUACAUUUUAUGUAAAGUUUUACAUAAGAAUAAGAUCAAGACCACAGUAGUUAUUUAAAAUAAUGUAAAAUCAAUCUAAAUGGCACUCAUUAAAAACCAUUCCCCUUAGACUGAAAUUAAUAUUUUUUUGACUUCGUGGGUUGGUCACUUACUGUUUUUAUUAAUGGAGCGCAUCAGCAGAUUGCCUUAUGCUAAACUUUGUGCAAUAGGUUAUAGACAUCAAAGCUGUUGAAAUUAACCAGUGUAGGAAUUAAUCUGUUUUGCUGCCCUAUCAUGAUUGAUUCACUUUUGUCUCAAACCCAAAAGAGAAAGCAUGCUUCUGAAAGGUGCAGCUAGCUAGUAGAUGUAUUUGAAAAUUCUAUUAAAAAAUUUCAUUUGCAGUUUUACUUUUCAUUUUGGGGAGGGGGAGAAAAGGGGUGGAAAUCACUGUUUUGGUACUGUUCCCCAUCCUCCUCUGCUCAAUUGUCUAGGAAAAUUUCUUACUGAAGUUCUUUAAGCUUAAAAUCAUUGAUCCAGUUGUCUUUUUAGAUUGUUUGUGUUUCAUUAUGGUGUUUGUCAGACAAUCCCUCUUGCUUUAACCAAAAAAUGUACUCUAAACUAGUCCAAAGGUGUAUGUUCAUGUAUUCCUGUAAUAAGGAUCAUGGUUUUAAGUGUGCUCCCAUUUUGGUUUUGGCCAUGGCCUUCUAAUCCCUGUAAUCAUACAAUACUGUAGUUCUUAUGUUAAUUUAUGCAAAAAAUAUGAAUAUUUAAUUUAAAUAUUUUAACAUACAAUUUUUUAAAUUUGAAUAUGAACUAAACUUUGAUUACUUUAUCUGCACAAAUAAUAUUUUAAAUUAAUUUCCUGGAGUGUUCAAUUUCAGAAUUCAAAAAUAUAUUUGUCACAUUUGAGUUUAAAAUAUGUAGGUGACAUUGUUUUCUGAUAUCUAAUGUAAAUAUUUGUAAAAAAAAUAUCUUUUGUAUAUUUUUGUGAAAAUGUGGUUCCCCAAAAGAUACAAAAGAUUUAAUAAAAAAAGUGCAUUCAUGUUAUUGUUUAAUAAUUUACAUUAUUUGAACAGAUGAAUUACAGAUUUUAAACUAUUUCUACACAGUUACCAUUUAUAUGGGUUUAUCUUUGCUAUAUAAGUUACAGGUGCUCCCUGGAGGGAGAUGAUUACAACAGAGUAUUUGCAGCAGUGUUCUUGAAGAACAAUAAAGUCUCUUGAGGACAGAUUCAAGAUGGUGCCUUCUCCCUACACUUAUCCUUAAAAUUGGAUUUCCAGUUGAACUGCUUGAUAAUUCAAAAACAGUGGAACAACUCACUUUGUUUGCUACAUUUAAAAACAAUUGCUUACUAAUGACUACUUUCCCUCUUACCUUUAUCUUCUACUGUCAGAUUAUCAGGGGCCUAUGUACUAUUCCUUGAAUAAAAAGAAAAAACAACAAC